AUGGCGGGAGUGUUUACCUGGUUAUGGGACUGGCUUCUGUGGAUGUUCUGGGCCACCGAAAUGGACGUGACGGUGAUCGGACUUCAAGCGGCGGGCAAGACGAGUCUCGUGCGAGUCCUUGCGGGAAAUGACUUUGCCAGCGACUCACUACCGACGGUCGCAUUCAACAAGAAAGAAGUGAAGAAGGGGCACGUUUCGAUCAAGUGCUGGGAUCUCGGUGGUCAGCCACGGUUCAGAACCAUGUGGGAACGAUAUUGCCGGGGAGUCAACGCCAUUGUGUUUGUGGUAGAUGCGGCUGAUCGAGACGCUAUCCCAGUCGCCAAAGAGGAAUUACACGAUCUUUUAUCCAAGCCCUCGCUCGAGGGCAUUCCACUGCUCGUGCUUGGGAACAAGUCAGACUUGUCGUCGAAACUUUCCGUGGAUGACCUGAUAGACCAACUGGACCUCAAAACGAUUGUGCAUCGCGAAAUCAGUUGUUAUGGAAUCAGUGCCAAGGAAGAGACCAAUCUGGAAGCUGUGCUACAGUGGUUGGUCGCCAGGUCGGGCAAGUGA